AUGGCGCUAUGGACCGGCUUUCCUGUCGGUGCUGGGUCGAAGAUGGAGGAGACAUUCACGGUGCCUCGGAAGCCACUUAAAUGCAGAGCAAGGAGCCGCGACUUUGAGCGAAAACUCUCGAGCAGAUUCAUCAUUCCCGAGGAGAUGCUGGAGAGUGUCAACUCCCAGUACAAGGGCCAGUCCGUCCUCCUCAUGAUGCCCUAUGAGAUUCUUCUCGAGAUAUACAACGCUCUAGCCCACGCACCGUCUCAGAUCACACUUUCACUAUCCUGCAAACGCCUGGCCAUGGUGGCACGAGAUGUUCAGUUAUACCUCUCGCCCACCUCGCCAAAAUAUGCGGGGUUUCUCCCCCGGAGUGUUUUUGAUGUCCCGGAGCUCAUGACCCAGUUGAAGCCUUGGAUGCCUGCUGAAUUGCGUCUAUGUAACCACUGCCUCACUAACAGACCUCGCCGUGAGGAAUAUUGGGAUACCGUUAUUGGCUGCGAAAUCAGCAACUUCUGGGUGCAGAAGACCGGUUGGAACUUUCACAAUGCCAGCUGGCACAAGCAGGUCCACGACAUCUGUCCCGCAUGUCAUGCCUCCUGUACUCUGAGCGACUACGUUGAUUGUGACGGUUGUCGAGCGCUCGGACGCCUGGGUGACGUGGACUGGACGAGAGUAUCCGACUCCUGGAGAAGGAGGACAGAAGAGGAACUACGAGCUGGAGUAUUCGCAACUGGGCCUGGAUGA